UACUUUUGAUUUAAUGGUAUUUGAUCUUGAAUAAUUGGUUUGAAGAAGUGACAACUACAUGAUGGCCUUUAAUUGAACGGUAAUAUAGCUUGAAUUAAACCUGAAAGGAAAAGGCACAUUUCCCCAUUUAGAAUAAACCUCAAUUGGUCUACAGUUUUUGUGAGCUGAAUUAUUAUAACCUACAAGAAAAACGUCAUUUUUUUUGUUAGUUGUUGAAUAUAAUUGAGAUGAACAAAAAACCGGCAGACGUUGAAUGGUGUUAGAAAGUAAAAAAAAUAAGGACAAGUUAUAAGAAAGACACAUCUAAAUACAUAACGAUCAGCAAGAAAUGUCUGUUGAAACUCCCGUUUCGCAAAAUAUAAACGCAAUUAAUGAAAAAUUGGCGUAUGAUGCUUUGUCUCCUAAUUUUCAUAUGCCAAGUUAUGAAAAUUACCGAGAUCACGACAAUUAUCAUGGAUUGAACAACAAUUUUUCAAAAGAAAUAAGCUUGUCAGCUUUAGAUGUCAAUUUUCAAAAUACUCAAAUUUUCACUGUCCCCAUAAACGUUCUGCCACCUCCACCCCACAAAAUUGUCCAUUAUCAAAAUAAUAUAAUACUCAAGAAACUAGACAGUAAGUAUGGUGGGAAGAACAAAGACAUCAGGUCCGAUGUGAGGGCAAUAUCUCCAAAAGGAUAUGAGAGUGAUGAAAGUGGCAGGUCUUCGCUUUAUUCAACAAAGUGCGUUCAGCAGGCAAAUAAAACCUGUGAUAAAUCAAACAAAUCAAAUUUAAAGACUGAUAAUAAAAAUGGAAAAACUGAUCAAUAUUCAACUGGGAAAUACAAUAGUCAUUCCCCAAAAGUUUAUCAACCUAACUAUUAUGAUCAACCUAAUGGUAAUACAAAUUUAAGGAGUAAACGAUAUUACACAAAUAGUUCCUUAAGGUCAAAACAGAACACCUACAAGAAUUAUUCAAUAGAUAACAUAACUCGGAGGGUGUAUGGACUCAUGGAGCGUUUCAAGUCUAGGGCUUACCUGAUGAAGAUCGAUCCAAAUCCUGAAAUGCUGUUGAACGGAGGCCCUUCAGACCAUCUCAGUCAGGCUAUAUGGGAUGUAUUCCUUUGUAAGGCGCAAAAAGAAAGUACUUAUAUCAGCAAACUAGAAACUUGGAAGACUAUAUUUUUAUCGAUUAAGAAUUGUCUUGACAGUUACGGCUUGUUCAUAGUUGGUUCCACCAUGUCAGGUUUUGGACUCGAGACCAGUGAUAUCGAUAUGUGCCUACUGACUAAACCUUUCGUCAAUGAUCCAAGGAUAGAUGCUCUUACUCACUUGGACCACGUCAGGAACCUUCUUGUGAAUGAUGGAAUCGUUAAGGAUGUUGAGCUUAUAGUGGCGAAAGUCCCUAUCCUGAAGUUUAAGGAUCUGGCGACUGGUUUCGAGAUUGAUUUGAACUGUAACAACGGAAUUGGAAUCCAUAACACCCAUCUCCUUCACUGCUAUGCCCGAUUAGAUUGGCGGGUCAGGGCUAUGGUAGUGAUUGUCAAAGUUUGGGCGCAGGCUAACAACAUCAACGAUGCAAAGAACAUGACGAUAUCUAGUUAUUCUUUGGCUCUGAUGGUCAUCAAUUAUUUGCAAUGUGGGGUAACACCUCCUGUGCUCCCUUGUCUACAUGGCUUGGUCCCAGAAAUAUUCAACUCAUCAGUAGAAACUAGCACUGAUGUACAAGAAGACAUAGAGUUUAUAAGGGACUUCAAGUCCGACAAUAUGAAUUGUGUCGGAGAUCUGCUAAUUGGAUUCCUUAACUAUUAUUCCCACUUCAACUUUGCAGAAUUCGCUAUCUCUGUCCGAACUGGCAGUCGACUGCCGAUAGACGAAUGCAGGUAUCAGAAAUCGCCCAAGAACGAUGUAAACCAGUGGAAAUUUCUGUGUAUCGAGGAGCCAUUCAACCUCUCCAAUACUGCAAGAUCGGUAUUUGAUGUAGACAAGUUCAAGUUCAUUAAAGACGUCUUCAUGUAUUCGUACUGGGAACUGUCGAGGACCAAGCACCUCAACAUGAUCCUGCCUGUACAUUUUCCCACAAACCAAAGAUGAUUUUUGUAGUGCUUGAUUCUAACCAAAGAACAUUGUUCGUCCAAAGGUUUUCUCUCGUGACGGAAUCUCCUUAAUGUGAUGGAGUCUAUGAAAUCAGUACUUAGACUAUUGUCGACAAUGUGCUACCAGUUCCUUUUUCAGAUUUAGUUUCGAAAAGUACAGAUGACAAAAGGGUUUACAAGAAUUCUUUAUGCAUUUUAUGUGUACUACAUACUGAAUUUUUUCAAUCGUCGAAAUGCUGAGUUAUAAUUUUCAUCUCUUCAAAAUUUCGCAUUGGUUCAUCAAUAUUGAUGGUGAAUUGUUUGAUUGUUUUCAUGGUCACUUCCAAUCUAGCACAUUUCCUAGAAAACUGCAAUCUGAAGAUGUCCUGGAAAAAGUGUUUAUGUUGGAUCAAAAUUUUUUGUAUGUAUUCUAUAUAAAAUCCGUGAAGUAAAUCAGCACCAAAAAACCUUUGAAUUGUUCUUGUGGAGAUAGCCUUAGUCGGUGAUUUACGGAAAGUAUUUAUUUUUUCCAAGGGUAAAAUCUUUAUGGCAAGGACAUUAAUUUAUAAAUGAAACGUUCAAUACUGAAAAUUUGUGAUGUUUUUAUGUGUUCAGAUAUAUAUAUUUUAAUUAUUGUAAAAGAGAAAAAAAAAACAAAAAGCCAACUGCCUAAUCGAAAUAUUUAUAAAAACUCGAUUGAGCCGAAAAAAGAAUCGUGAAUGAGAGAACAGAAAUUAUCUGAAAUAUUGAGCUAGUGAUAAAUUAUAUAUUUGUUUUCGAUUCAUGAGGUUAUUCUAUUUUUCUGUAUAUAUGUAUUAUAAUGUCUAUAUAUAUCUACAUUUUGUAGAACAAAACCCUGAUUAUUGUGAAAAAAAAGUUGGUAAAAUAAAAUAAAAAAAACAAAAAAAUUUUAAAAAGGGGAAAAUAAAAAAAGACGAAUCUGAACUGGAAAAUAUUUAUAUAAUUUCAUUUAUUUUUGAAGUGAAUCCUACUAAAUUUUUUACUGUGAUUUUUGAGGUGUCUGUUACCAACAUUUUUGCUCCUUGUUGUAGGAAACUUCAACGAUAAAUGAGAAGAAAAAACAAAAAGUUAAAACACUCUUGUUUCAAUAAUAAUAGUGAAUAUGUGACCUGUGCCACUAGUGGAAAUAAAGAUAAUAUCACUAGUGCACAAAUUUGGUUUACUUAACUGAUAUUUAUUUCUUUGUGAUAAUUAUUUAUCUUACGAAAUAAGCUUAAGACUGUGCAAGUGAUUUUCCAGAACUGUUUUCAAAAUAACAGGUUUGAAAUAAAGACAUCCAGUUUAUUACAAAGAAAUUACGAUGGAUAUAUUAUCUCCAAUAACAUUUUUCAAAUUCACAGUCAACAAUUCCAUCUUGUCAGAUGAAACUUUGUCAUUUGCAUUCUGACUUCAUUUUUUCAUAUUAUAGUUAGGAGAGGAACCAUUUUUCAGUAUAAAAAUUCUCCUUUCUUAGUAAAAAGUUAUGCUUCAUCACAACAACAGUGGUUGCGGCAGUUAUCUUGUUAUGUUACAAUUUAAAAUUUUGAAGCAAUACAGUAUUGGAACCUGAAUAUUCAAGAUUUUUUGCUCAGAAGAGUUGCAAUUAUUUUUUAGAAAGUGCCACGUAUCUCUUCAACGGUUAAGUCGAUUAGUAUGUAGACUCAAAAAUAUAUUUUUGAGUAUCCAAUUUUUCAUCUCUAUAAUCUAAUAAUAUCUAAUCAGAAAAGUAAAAUUUGACCUACUUUUCGUGUAAAUAAUUUCUAUUUUACUACAAUAAUUUCAUAAAGCAAUAUAAGUGUUUCUGUUACCAGUUUGUGAUUAUUCCGUGAUACCUACUGCAGUAAUUCGUUAGAAUCUUCAGGAAAUGUCAAGCUCUUUAUUUUGGAAUCAGUUCUUUUCAUUUGUACUUGAACCAAUACAUAUCAAUUGGCGGGUCCUAAUAGUAAAGUUUUGCCUCUAUUUGCAACGAAAAGAUUCUUUGAACCGAGUGCUUGAAGUAAACAGCUUCUCUUCAUUCAGUUUCAGGUACUCUGCAUUCUUAAAUUUUUAUUUGUUUUGUUCACAAUUCAUUGAAAGAGUACUUGUCCGCAAUUAAGUUAAUAGAAAGAAUCAAACCCUUGUUCUUGAUGACUGCAUUCAAAACAGUUUUCACCUUUAAACUGGUUCUACAAUUUUAUUUUUGAAACAGUUUCUUUGUGCUACAUGUCAGUUUGAUUCGAUUUUUUGUGCUCUUUCAAUAAACCUUUGAGAAUUUUGUAUAUUGUGCCAUAUUUUAAACUAUUUAAGUAUGUGAUAUUCUACUGUAAUCUAUUAAUAAGAAAUUGUAAUGUUUGUAUGAUUAAGGAAAGAAUCUUUUAUAGGCUACUAACAGAUUUGUUCUUGGUAAGCCUCAUUGUCUAGGUUCAAUAUCUCUUUUUAGUUUGAGAUCUCGCAUCACAUUUUAAACAAGAAAAGCUUUGGUGGCCCGAGAAAAUUUCAAUCCAAUUGUCAGUAUGGCAAUGAAGAUGUUAGUAGGUAUACAGUAUUCCUUAUAAAUAGACAAUAUUUAAAAUCGGAUACAAUAAUGUAAACAAUAAUUCCUCUGUGUUUGUAAAGAGUUACAUCAUUUAUGUUGAAAAGUAGUGGUCAAAGUUUGAACAUGCAAGUUUCCAAUCAUACUGUUUCAGUUCAGUUUUCUAUAAAAAUUUGUUGAUGUAAUUAAAUGAAAAUAAAAACUUGAACUUAUUAUAUA